AUGCCAAGAUCGUCCUCUCGUAGAAGUGGCCCCGCUCCAUCUCGGUCUGCUCCUAGCAGAUCCGCUCAUACCAUGUCGGCCCCUGUGUCGAGACAGGCUCCUCCACCACCUCCUCCAGCUGCUGCUGCCCAUCAUCCUCCUGCUCAGACCGGCCAGGCCCCUGGUUUGUUUGCCCAAAUGGCCAGCACUGCUGCUGGUGUCGCAGUUGGUUCGGCUGUAGGCCACACUCUGGCCAACGGUGUUUCCAGCAUCUUCGGCGGCGGUUCGUCUGUUGCUGCUGUUCCCGAGCAAGCUGCUCCUUUACAAGCACAAUCCCAAUACCAGCAAGAAAACGCUGCCCGUCCCUGUGACAUCGACGCCCGCAACUUCACCAAAUGUCUCGACGACAACGGCGGCAACAUGCAAAUCUGCGACUGGUAUCUCCAACAGCUCAAGGCCUGUCAAGAGGCUGCCAGAAACUACUAA